UACACCACAGUAUCUAACAAUGCAGCAGCUCAACUCAUCAAACAGCUCUCUCACCGCUCCUGUCUCAACUGAAAACCUGAUUGCCAGUAGUGUACUAGCAGUUUGCUUCAUACUGGGAGUUCCUGGGAACAUAGCAGUAAUGGUACGUCUUGCUGGAUGGUUGAAGGAAGGCAGCUUCACUCCGAGACUGAUGCUAAGCCUGGCCAUAUCAGACCUGCUCACUCUGCUUUCUCUGCCGGUUUGGAUUUGGUCUCUUCUGCAUGGCUGGGUCUUUAGCUUGUUCCUGUGUAAGCUUCUCUCCUACUUGGUGUACUUAAGCCUCUACUGUAGCACACUGUGUGUGAUGUUGAUGAGUGUACAGCGAUACAUGCAAGUGCUACAUCCUCAGAAAUGGAACAAGCUUGGCAGAAAAGGAAAGAAGAUCCUCUUGAGUGGGAUGUGGAUUUUAAGUGGAGUAUUAUCAUCCUAUGCUCUUGUACAGCGCACGCUAAGCUUCGACAUGGAAGGACACCUUCAAUGCAAGAAAUUCUAUUGGAAUGAUGCUGAAAGAGUGGGUACUUUAAUCUGGGAGAUUAUAAUAUUUGUGGUUUCAUUCCUCAUACUGGCUUACUUUUACGUUCAGCUUUACAGGGGAGUUAAUAAGUCAGCUUUCUUUAGCAGUAACUCAAUGACAAAGCUGGUGACCAGAAUUGUGGCAUGUUUCUUUAUUUUUUGGAUUCCAUUUCACAUCAACAACACUGUGCUCAUCAUUGCUGUGUUGCUUGAGAAUGACAAUCUGUUAAAAUCUGCAGAAGCUGGAGAUAAUAUCACUGCAGCUCUGACUUUCAUUAAUAGUUGUGUGAACCCCUUUCUGUACGCUUUCUCUGCUCGGGCUCUACGUCAGUUCACACCUGGAACAGAAAAUACUUCAUGAUGUAGAGGUUUGAGAGAGUUUAUAGAUUUUCCCUGAAAGCCAGUGAUUUGUUAAAGCUUAUGCAUAUGGACCUAAACCCACUUCUACUUAUUAAUACAAUCUGUUUUUCAUUGUCUUUUUUGUAUCUUUUAAUCAAGUAAUUUGUUUGCAUAUUGAAUGAAGGAAAUUAAACGAAGGAAUAAGUCA